CGAUUUAGAGUCUGUGCUGCUUAUGGCCGCUGCCGUCGCUAUGGAGACAGAUGAUGCUGGAAAUCGACUCCGGUUUCAGCUGGAGUUGGAAUUUGUGCAGUGUUUAGCCAACCCAAAUUACCUUAAUUUUCUUGCCCAAAGAGGUUACUUCAAAGACAAGGCUUUUGUUAAUUAUCUUAAAUACUUGCUUUACUGGAAAGAACCAGAAUAUGCCAAGUAUCUAAAGUAUCCUCAGUGUUUACACAUGUUAGAACUGCUCCAGUAUGAACACUUCCGCAAGGAGCUGGUGAAUGCUCAGUGUGCGAAAUUUAUUGAUGAGCAGCAAAUUCUGCACUGGCAGCAUUACUCCCGGAAGCGGAUGCGUCUGCAGCAGGCCCUGGCAGAGCAGCAGCAGCAAAGUAACACAUCAGGAAAAUGAGAAGUGGAUACAGAGCAGGCUCUAAAGACAUGUAUAGAGUGUUCGUGUUUUGUACAGUGAAGACAAAAAAGACUUCUUAACUACCUUUGUGGUAGCACCUAGAUGCUUUAGUGUGCUAUUUAAUCCAAGUAGCUUUUUACUGUUAAUAGAUUAUUUCUGUUAAACC